CUUCAAUUCGAAACGAGGUACUCCCGGAAUCACGCAAUCAAUAUUAAUUGCAUUCAAGAAGCCGUCCCAGAAAACAUCUAUCAUGGCUACGACCUCUCCCCCUUACCACCCUCGUGUCGGCAUAGCGGCCCUGAUCCGCGAUUCGCAGGGCCGAUUUAUUAUGGGGAAGCGGAAGGGCAGCCACGGCGCGGGUACUUGGCAGUUCCCCGGCGGCCACUUGGAAAUGGGCGAAUCGCUGCUGGAGUGCGCGGAGCGCGAGACGCUGGAGGAGACGGGGCUCCGUGUUAAAGCCCUGCGUGUCGCGGCUACGACGAACUCUGUCUUCGACCCGGAGACUAAGCACUAUGUCACGGUGUUCGUGGAGUGUCGGAGGGAGAAUGAGGAUGAUCAACCGGAGCUCCUGGAACCGGAGAAGUGCGAGAACUGGGACUGGAUCAGUUGGGAUCAGGUGCGGCAAUGGGUCGAGCAUCAUGAUGACAAUGUCACACCAGAAUGGGCGCAGAAUAAGUGUUUCAUGCCUAUCAUAGCGUUGGUAAACGAUUAUCCGAACCUCGGUUCUUCUAGCCCAUAAGGCGAAAUUGAGCAGGAUGAGUAGGUAAUAUCAAUGAGGCCGGGAAGCAAUGACUCCUAGGGGGAUUAUUCCACAUAACCGGCAGUCUUAAU